CAAUCAGAAACCCUCAAAAACAUAUUAAGAACAGUAUGGGUUCAGAAAAAACUAUUGACUGCCCAUCCGUGAAACACCCAAGUCACAAUCAUCCGCUGUGGGUCUUCAAAUCCCAAGAAGAAGAUGAGAUCAUUUGCUCUGGAUGCGAGCUUGACCUCACCGGACAAGCUUUCAAGUGUAUGAAGAAAGACUGCGAUUACUUUUUGCACAAGUCAUGUUUCGACCUACCUGGUGAAAUUACUCACAAGUCUCAUCCUGACCACCCUUUAACUCUGCUUUAUUCCCCACCUUAUGGUCAGUCUUAUGGGUGUAAUGCGUGUGGUGAAUUGGGAUCCGGAUUCACUUACAACUGCUCUGAGUGCCAGUACGAUGUUCAUGUGGGAUGUGCUUUUAUCCCCGAGACCGCGGAGCCUGAAGAUCAUGAACACCCACUCACUCUCCUUUACAACACACCAUGCAAAGGUCGUGAGGAUGGUGUUAUGUUCAUAUGUGAUGUUUGUGAAGAAGAUAUGUCGGAGGAUCUUUGGGUUUAUUACUGCAAAGAAUGUGAUUAUGGGACGCAUGUGCAAUCUUGCGAGGCAUCAAAGUUGAAUUCGUUGAUAUUAGCUAAUUAUGCGAUGACCGGGAUGCAUCUCCAAAGAAGUAGGAAUGCGAUCAAUAAUUCUAUAAUGAAUUUACGGGGAUGA